AACUCAUUCAAAAAAAAAAAAAAAGAUUAGUUUUACUUAUUUUAUUUGUUUAGAUCCUAGCCUCACUCCGGAAAAUAUUUUACAUUUUCUACGCAAUAUGAAUAGGUAAAUAGACUUGAUGUCAGUAUAUCAUUAUUAAUUUUAAUUGAUAGAUCUCCAGAUGAGAUGGAUGAAGAUGAAAUAGAGGAAGAUUCUACAGAAACAAAUCCUACAGGAAAUCCUACAGCUGUAGAUCAAGAAUACACUACACCUAUCCCAACAGGUACUGCACCUAUUACAGAUGAUAUAUCGCCUGUGAAUACUGAAAUGCCUGUAACAACUACUGAUAUUGCAAAUAUGAGUAAUGAACAACAACAAUCAGAACAACGAAUGGAUCAAAUUCGUCAAAUACUUGCUAGGUUAAAUGGUUCACCUUCUACUGUAUCUUCUAUUUCAUUAAAUGAUGUUUUAAAUUCACAAACACUGCAGCCUUUACUUAAGGAUGCAUCAGUUUGUGAAUCACUUAUGGAAUAUUUGCCAGAAGAAUGUGAAAAGACACCUGAAGAAUUAAAUGCGGUGAUUGCUAGUCCUCAAUUCAGCCAAUCUCUGCAAACCUUUGUUGCUGCCCUUCAUACAGGACAAUUAGGUCCUUUGUUAUCUCAAUUUGGACUAGACCCUUCUAUUUUAGGAGUUGAAUCCUUUUUAUCUGCUAUUAAUGAACAAGUGAAAAAAGAAAAAAAGGAAAAAGAUGCUAUGGAUACUGAUUAAAUAUAUAGGGUAUAACAAUAAUAUUUAAUUUGUAUACUUUAUU